GGGCGGGGCAAGUUCAAGACUGGAGAUGCCAGGUUUAGCGGGAGCGGCCUGUGUGGGCGGGGUGUAUCACAGUGUGAGCGUGCUGCGCUUGGCAGGGUUAUGUGGGCGUGACCUGUCCGUAUAGUCAGUCGGAGUCUUUCAGUUCGGGCUGGGUUAGCUCCUUACAUCGGAUUUAUUUAGCGCUUCUACGGCGCUUUGUGCCCAGAAAUCGGCGUCCCUUCUUUUUGUGCUCGUUAUACUGCUCGCUAUACUGCUUGCUCACCAAUUGGCUUCGUUGUUGCGAGAGACUUUCCCAGGGGCGCUCCCCGGGGCUGCCGCUACCAUGUCCAAGCGGCUGAGGAGCCCAGAGGUGUGUGCGGACUGCAGCGUGUCGGACACUGACUCCUGCUUCCUAGUACUGCAAGAAGGGAGGCACCAAAUCCAUAAUUUUUGGACAUGGACUAAGACUGAAUCCUUUGCAAUAGAUCCAGCUGAAAACUGUAUUGGAUCAAAACCUAAUUUAAAUACCCUCGCUGGGCUUCUGUUAAUAGGGGUGUCUUGAUAUGUGAUGAAUGCUGCAGUGUACACAGAAGCCUUGGUCGUCACAUUUCACAAGUGAGGCAUCUCAAGCACACUUCAUGGCCUCCUACUUUGUUACAGAUGGUACAAACAUUAUAUAGCAAUGGGGCUGACGCCAUAUGGGAACAUUCUUUGCUGGACCCUGCAUCCAUAAUGAGUGGAAAACGUAAAGCCAAUCCCCAAGAUAAAGUACAUCCUAACAAAGCAGAAUUUAUUAGAGCGAAGUAUCAAAUGCUGGCAUUUGUUCACCGCUUACCCUGCCGCGAUGACGAUAGUGUUACAGCCAAAGACCUCAGUAAGCAACUUCACUCAAGUGUGAGAACUGGGAACCUGGAGACCUGUCUUCGAUUACUGUCCUUGGGGGCACAAGCAAAUUUUUUUAAUCCGGAAAAAGGUAGCACACCUCUUCAUGUUGCAGCCAAAGCGGGACAGAUCCUUCAGGCUGAGCUACUAGCAGUAUAUGGCGCAGAUCCUGGCACACCAGAUUCUUCUGGCAAAACUCCUAUUGACUAUGCAAGGCAAAGUGGACACCAUGAGUUAGCUGAUCGGCUUGUAGAAAUACAGCAUGAGCUUACGGACCGAUUAGCAUUUUAUUUAUGUGGGAGGAAACCAGAUCAUAAGAAUGGGCAGCACUUCAUUGUACCCCAGAUGGCUGACAGACGGCUCAGUCUCGACGUAUCAGAACUAGCCAAAGCAGCUAAGAAGAAGCUUCAGUCUUUAAGUAAUCACUUAUUUGAAGAACUUGCUAUGGAUGUUUAUGAUGAGGUUGACAGGCGGGAAACUGAUGCAGUGUGGCUGGCCACUCAGAAUCACAGUACCCUUGUAACAGAAACCACAGUUGUACCUUUCCUUCCAGUGAAUCCAGAGUAUUCCUCCACACGAAACCAGGGAAGACAGAAACUAGCCCGUUUUAAUGCUCAUGAAUUUGCUACUUUGGUGAUAGAUAUUUUAAGUGAUGCCAAGCGAAGACAACAGGGAGGAUCAGUGAUUGGCUCCAAAGAAAAUGUUGAGUUAGUAUUAAAAAGUAUUCGCAACCAACAUAGCGAUGAGAGCCAAGAUAAUGACCAGCCAGACUACGACAGUGUUGCAUCUGACGAAGACACUGAUUUGGAUACCAUUCCAAAUAAAAUAAAUAGGGAAAAGAGUUUGGAAGCUGAUUUAUCUGAUGGAUCUAUCACUGUGCAAGAAUAUUUGGAACUUAAAAAUGCCUUAGUAGCUUCAGAAUCAAAAAUACAGCAAUUAAUGAAGGUUAACAAUAACCUGAGUGAUGAGCUUCGAGGAAUGCAGAAAACGCUGCAAACACUUCAGUGUGAGAACACCAACCUCAGGAGGCCAGCUACAACCAAUCUAUAUAAGGUCCCACCCGGAUCAGAAUACACAGACCUCUCCAACCCAUCUUCAUUAAAGAGGCAUCCUUCAGGAUGGGGUAGCAGGCCCAUGUCAAUGUAUGAGACCGGAUCUGUUCAAAAACCCUAUCUCCCAAUAGGAGAAAUCACUUAUCCAGAAGAGAGUGUUAACAGACUGCAGCCAUUUCCACAACACAUUGGGAGGAGUGCUUUUGUGACCUCCUCUUCAUCCCUGCCUUCCUUCCCCUCCACGCUUUCCUGGUCAAGAGAUGAAAGCACACGAAGGGGAUCAAAAGUAGAAAAACAGAACAGCAAGCCAGAGAGUGAUUAUGAUAAUCCCAUCCAUGACUCUGAACAUGAUGAUACAAGUGCAAGCAGAAAAGGAAGACCGAAAAGUAUGGCAUGGCAAGCAGAGGAUUCUAUCCCUGAAAUAGCAGACCUUAAUGUGGAUGUAAGUGCCAUUCUACCAAGCACUGAGGACGUGAUCAGGAAAACGGAACAGAUCACUAAAAACAUCCAAGAACUCCUAAGAGCCGCUCAAGAGAACAAGCAUGACAGCUACAUACCAUGCUCAGAAAGAAUACAUGUUGCAGUGAUAGAAAUGGCUGCCCUUUUCCCAAAGAAGCCCAAGUCUGAUAUGGUGAGGACUUCACUUCGACUCCUGACAUCCAGUGCUCAUCGGCUGCAGUCAGAAUGCAAGAAGACCCUCCCUAUGGAAUCCAGUCAGACGGCCGAUAUCCAGCUGGUAACGCAGCAAGUGAUCCAGUGCGCUUAUGACAUUGCCAAGGCUGCAAAACAACUGGUCACCAUAACGACCAAAGAAAACACCAACUGAGUGUCCAGAGACUCUUUAUUUUACUAACGCCCCGGGUUCAAUCUGAAGAAAGAAAACAAUAUUUGUUUUUUAAUUUGUACUUCUAUUUUUCUUUUUUUAUUAAAUGUAAAGUGACAGGUUCAUCUUAAAAAGAAAAUCAGUAUUUUUUUUUGCAUGUUGGUUCUAAUGGUGACUAAUUAAUUUAUACCGCUUUAUUUGUAAACUUGUUUUUCUAUCGAGGAACGAAAUGCUGGCAGUUGGAAAGUAUUAUGCCCAAUCAGCAUUUAGUAAAUACUUUCUCCUUCUUUAUCUUGUAUAACAUUGUUUUAAUACAGUGUACAAAUCCCAUGGCUGUACUUAAAAUAGUGUCAUUUGUAUUCCUUCAUUUGGAACUAUUUUUCUAUCCCUCUCUUUCUCACUCAGCAUUACUGAAGGCAACUGCCAUGUUAAGGUUACAACUAGAAUGUUAUUACCAAUAGAGUCAUCACAUUCUCGUCACAGUGUAUGUAUAACCCACAUGCUUUCAAAUGGUUAAUAAAAAUAUUUAUUUUA